ACUCAACGCGACGCGACUCGGCUCGACGGCUCCACUGUUCUUCGACGCAUAGUACACAUUCAUUUCGCAUCGCGCUUUACCUCGAACGCGUGCUACGAACGCCGAACGCGCCACUCAUUCGCAACUUUUGGUUGAUAGUGUCGGUCUGAGUUAGAUUUGGUGGUAUACCAAGAAAAUUAAAUUGAAAAUUUGAAAAAAAAAAACAUUUUUUUCGUCGAAAAUUUUGAUAAGAAAUAACGGUGCAAAAAUUACUGCCAAAUUUAUUGAUUAACCGUUCGUGGCACAGUGGUGAGCGCGCAAAGCAGUGUAGACAUAUAGAAAUUUUUACUGUUCACAAAGUAGAAUUUCUUUCGAAUAUUAAUUAAUUACGUGUCGUUGUUGUUGCACUCAGAGGAAAUUAUAUAAAAUCAAAUUUGAAAUGCAGUCAACAAUCCUCGCUAGCGUUUUGGUGAUUCUAUUGGCCGUACAGCAGGGUGCCGCCAUCAAGUGUUACGUAUGCAACAGUCACAAGGAUGCCAAUUGCGCACUGGACAUACCGCCAGAACAUUUACUCAAGGACUGCGAAGAGGAUUAUUCGACACGCGGCAAAGGUAUACCGACCUACUGUCGCAAAAUCUCGCAAAUCAUUGAAUUCUCAGUAAAUAACUUACCACCAGACAGUCGCGUCAUACGCUCUUGCGGUUUUCUGAAUCAAACAUCGACCAAUUACUGUUACCAACGCGCCGGUUUUGGCGGUCGCCAAGUGGUCUGCUCCUGUGACAAGGACAAUUGUAACGGUGCUGGCGCGCUCAACCUGUCCAUCGGUGUGAUGUUCGCCGCUGCUGCCGCCAGCGGUUGGGCUGUGCUAUCACUGCUGAAACGUUCAUUGGUUUAAAGCGCCAUUUUAGUUUGAGUCUUGCAAAAAGCAAAAACAAAUUUUUCAAAUAUUUCACUCAACACUAGCUUGGCUUGUUACACAUACAGACAAACAGACAGAAAUAUGUUUUUUUGUAUUAAUUUUUUGUUCGUGCGGUUAAUAUGAUGUGAUGUAUUGUUGUUGUUGUUAUUUAGCUUAUUUACAUCAAACUUUAUUUGAAAUGCUUGCGCUGCAUAUUUAUUAUUUACACAAUUUCGUCACAAAAUAUAUGUAAUUUCAAUAUAUGCUAGGUGCAUACAUACACACACAUACAUAUAAAUACAUGCAUUCAUAUGUAUAUGUAUAUUAUUUACGUCCGUUGAAGUACUAUAUUUAAUUUUUAAUAACAUACAAACGCACAUACAGUUAUUAAGGACAAAGAUAAAGCGGAGGAGUUGUCGUCACUUAGCAGAAAUUAGGUAAAAAAAGCAAACGCCUCAACUGAUGAAAUUGGUUUUAAAGUUAACGCGCCCAGUUUCAUCGAAGUAUAAUACAUACAUAUACAUAAAAUUUAAGCGCUCUCCUAGCAAAUAAAACAACAAUAAUAAUAUGUAUGUAUAUGAAAAGAAACGUUUGAUAUAAUAAAAUCCAGUAGCAGUUCAGAUUUUGCACAAUUAGUGAACAAACAAAGUAACAAAAUUAAAUAGCAACAAAUGUGCGAAACGUUAUAUAAGAAAGCUUUAAUGUAAUAGAUUUUUAAUUAUAAAAAAAAAAAAACAUUUUAUAACUUUGAAGAAAUUACCGGAUUCUGCUGCUUUUUAAAGUAAACUCUAACAAAAACAAUUGAAUCCGUUAAAAAUAAUUAAUUUGGAAUUCUGUUUUAAGGUUUAUGCAUUGCAAUACUUUUGAUUACUUAUUUUAUUACAUACAAACAAACACAUACAUAGUUAAAAGAGUAACAUUUAAACAAACCCACUUUACAAAAACAACACACAAAAGCAAUGUUUAACCAACUGUAAAUCCACCAAGCCGUAUUGUAUUAUUGUAGCGAAUCUUUAGAAGAAGAACAGAAAAACAUUUGAAACUGCAUCGUUUAUAUGAAAAAAAUUAUAUACAUACAAAUAUAUAAAAUUAAAAUGAUAACAGCGGGCAGGCAGUGCGUACAUUUGGUGCCAAUGGACGAUUUUCGUUGUAAAGUCGUUGUAAGUAACUAAUUGUUAAAAUAAAGGUAAAAUAACGUACUAAAUUCACAAGUAUUGUAAAGUCAUAAUUUUGUUCUCGUUUUUGCUUUUAAAAUGAAGCAAAAGCAAACAGCUGAAACCAAAAAUUAGUUAUAGUUUUGCUACGCAAGAAAAUCGUUUAAAUGCAAACAUUUCAUUUCAAAUUGAAAAUGUUUCGCAUUUGAUUUUCUCGUGUGAUCUUUCUUAACUUUAAGCGAUUAUAAAUGAAAAUAGUUACAAUUAUAAAAAUUUAAACGAAGAAAUAAAUGAAGAGUAAAUAAAAAUUUGACAAAUAGCA